AUGAAACAAAUAAAUUUGGAAAACAUUCGAACCAGUCUGCCAUCAAAUUUUUGUUUUCCCAAUUUUUUAAAGGGCGAACAGAAAAAUUCGGAAACAUCUCGUAACACUCGUCCACCGAUCAAGAAUACAGGUAGUAAUGUUUCAUGUGGCUUGUCCGAUACAAGAGAUAGAAAUAGAGCCACCAGCAACGAAUCAGGUCAAGACUAUAAGUCGAUAUUAGAAACAAAAACAACAUCCGACUGUAAACAAACUAUGCGUUCACAGCAAAAUUUCCAUAAUCAUAUUGAACCUGAAAAGAAUCAUAACAUAGGUGGACCUCAUGCACAGGGGCUUUUUGAUGCGUUGCUUAAUGAUAACAAUGAAAUAGUUAAACUGAAGCGCGCUUACAAUGACUCAUUCAAUUUAUCAUCAAAAAACCGCAGGCCUCCAACUAGAGCUUAUACCACAGAUUUAAACGUUUCCCCACAUUGCAGGCGAUUGUGGGUUACCGUAUAUGGAUUUCCCGCCACAGCUGUUUCAUUAAUAUUGCACCACUUUGCGCAAUGCGGGACUAUAGUCGAUAAUGUGCUCCCUUCAUCUUACAGUAACUGGAUACAUUUGAAGUAUUCGUCUCAACUAGAAUGUGAGAAAGCGCUUGCUUAUAAUGGGAUAAUAUUCGCUAAUAACUUAAUGAUUGGUGUAACGGAGUGCAAGAAUGAGAAUGUCGUCGGCAAAGAGAACAUAUAUGAGAAUACUACAGAAUCUAUGGAAAUGCAAUCUUUGGCUGAGGCUUGCAAAAACGCACAAUGCGAAAAUCCGGCGUUUACUAAUGUUGGCACAGCCAGUAGAGAUUCUCGUCUUUUAAACAAAGCAUUGGACUUAUUCUUCGGUUGGUGA